AUGUGGCAGCUCUUCGCCUCCGGUUCGCUCAGCGGCUCCCUAUUUUUCGCCCUCUUUUCCCUCGGCCCAUUGGCUGAAGCAGCACAGUGCUAUGGUAUAAACGGACAAAAGACGUCGGGGACACAGUGCAGUCGUGACGCUACAGGAACAGGUUCUUCUCACUCAUCAUGUUGUGAUGAGAGCAGGCAAGAAGCCUGUCUCUCCAGUGGCCUCUGUUUCGCAACUCAGAGAGGGGACAAUCACACGUUUUGGUCUCAAGGAUGCACUGACCCAACGGGAAUGGACCCGGCUUGUCCAUCUUACUGUGGGAGGUCGAGCCAGUACAUAUCUAUGCCGAUACAGCCAUCAUAUACGAUGCUUCACUGCGGAAGCGGCGCCUGGUGUUGCUGUUACGACAACCUCGGAAUGGCAUGUAAUCAGGCGCAAUGUUGUGCACGAAACUUUACCCUUUCUCGAGGAUUAGGAACCGUAACGAGGCAGUUCGAUAAUAAUGGCGACAGUGUCAGUAUCUCUAGUAACGGAGGAGCGAACCCCGAGAAUACAAUAGACAACCCAAUGCCCGGUUUACCUGCCAAUAUGCCCCCUUGGAUGCGCCUCGUUCCCGUCAUCGCAGCCGGUCUGCUUGCUUCACUUCUUCUUGCCAGCAUCGUUGCACUUGGAUUUUCUUGCACACAGAAUAGAAGAUUACGGCGCCAGGUUGAAUCACUCCAAAAUCUCAACACUAGUCUCACCACCGAAAAGCUACGAAGUUAUAGCAUAUCCCGUUCCAGCCCAACUCCGUCGGCGAGGCCAAGUGUUUCUGCCCCAUCAGCUCCGCCUCUACUGAUUACAACAGCGGCAGCGAACGACGAUCUGGUCAGCUCAGAGCCCAAGACUUCAGUUGAAGACUACCUUCCACCGAUAUCCGCUCGGUCUCCGUUGACAGCAAAUACUCCCUCGAGGUCGCCACAUGAUGGCCCAAGCCGGACCGCAAUGGAGAGGAGGCCAUCAUCAGCAUGGGUCCUUGAAAACAGCUACGCAAAUGAAGAGCCAAUCCGCACCCCAAGAACUCCCAUCACUGCGGCGUAUCACCAUCACCUGUCAAUGGUCAACCAAGCCCUAGGUCCAUCGUCGGCGAGAUCUAUGUAUGGGGUUGGGUCAUCAGAUCCUUUUCCCCAAACCCAUCCACAGCACCACCAUUAUCAACAUCCGCAAGAAGGUCAGUGGCAUGGACCACCUGGAUACCCUAUCGCUAUGCCAUCACCAGUCAGGGCCGCCGCUCACGAGGAGCAAAGACCGAGCUGGCCAAUACGGGAGGGACAGAACGCGAGGUACACUACGUACACUCAGAGCGGGUAUUUCCCGGACCAAUCUGAAUCAUACAACAGCAGUACGCCGCCAGAGUAUCAGUAUGAAGUGGGGGGUAAUUCGAUUUCGGAACUGCCGGGGUCAGCAGAGCGAGGGAAACGUUGA